GAAGUGAAUUCAUCCCAUCUUGAUGACAAUGAUAUGCAAAGGAAUGACAUGGCUGCAGACCACUUCACUUGUGAUGAUUCCACGAUGGACGUUGCAAGUACAUCAAACGCAUCAUCACGAAGAUCAUGUUCACCGUCAGAGGCGAGAAAGAAAAAAGCAAAGAUUGCACAAAGACAAGCUGAUAUGGAAACUAAAUUUCUCAAUAUAAUUGAUGAAACGUCACGGAAGAAACGUGAUGUAGUGGACAGUUAUUUAGAUCAGCUUGGUGACAUUUUACGCCGACUACUCUAUUUACGACGCAGAAAUCUGCAAAGAAGAAUGAUGGAUAUUGCUAUCCAAGAGGAGGAUAUGGAACUUACGGAGUAAGAAA